AUGAUGAGGGUCCAGAGCUGGGUGUUGGCAUCUCUGUUGCUGCUCUUGGAAGUUCUGGGUUCUAGGGUUGGUGCUAGCAAUCCAGGAAUCGUGGCCAGGAUCACUCAGAAGGGCCUGAAUUAUGCUGGUGAAAAGGGAGUGUCUGCCUUGGAAAAGAAACUGUUGGAGAUCACUAUGCCUGAUUUGAAAGGGGAUUUUAAGAUAAAACAUUUAGGAAACGGGGAGUAUGAAUUCAAGAGGCUUAAGAUACAAAGUGUUGAGCUAAAGAACUCUAAACUAGAACCGAUCCCUGGUGAAGGUCUAAGAGCAUCUAUCUUCAAUGCCUUUAUCCAUCUGGAAGGAGAGGGAAAAGCACGAAAGUCUUUUGUGAAAAUAAAGGGCUCCUUCAGUCUGAAAGUUAAAGACAUUUCCAUUUCGGUAGAUCUGAGAUUGAGCAGUGAUAGUUCUGGGAGACCAACAGUCACCAACAAACAGUGUAGCACUCAUGUUGCUGAAGUUGAGCUCGACUUUUCUGGAAGGAUUCGGUGGUUGCUGAAUCUUUUCCAUGACCAUAUCGAAUCCAAAUUCAGAAAGAUCUUGGAAGAGAAGAUCUGCGAGAUAGUCAAGAAAUCAGUUGCAUCACACCUUCAACCCUAUCUUCAGACUCUCCCAGUCAUAGCCAAGAUUGACCAAAUUGCUGCCAUGGAUUAUGCCCUGCAGGGGCCACCACAGGCAACAUCUCACAGCUUGGAUACACCCUUUAAGGGUAAAUUUUUCAGCCAAAGUCAUCAAUCCCUUUUUCCCUUUGAACCUUCUGCCAUGAACUUCCCAGAAGACCAUGGCCUCAUGGUUUACUUUGGAAUUUCUGAUUGUGUCUUUAAUAUGGCCAGCCAAGUUUAUUGGGAAGCAGACAUAAUGAACUUUACCAUCACAGAUAAUAUGAUCCCAUCACAUUUUCCCAUCCGACUGACUACUUCCUCCUUUCGAGCUCUAGUCCCUCAGUUGGGCAAGCUGUACCCCGAUAUGCAAAUGAAGCUUCAAAUAUCAACUUCUUCACCGCCUGUUAUGAUCUUCAGGCCAGGGAAUGUGACCCUCACACCAGUGAUGGACCUCCAGGCUUUUGUUAUCCUACCCAGUAACAUCCGGGCACCUCUCUUCUUGCUCAGUAUGACAACCACUGUCACAGCUACCAUGAACAUGAAUGCCAACAGGCUUAUCUCUUCUGUGAAGGCAGAAAGUAAGUUGGACAUGGAACUGAAACACUCAGAUAUUGGCUCAAUCAAUGUGCCCUUAAUACAGGCAAUCCUGAAUCACUACGCUCUGAGCACUCUGUUACCUGCUCUCAAUGAAAAUCUGCAGGUAGGCUUUCCUCUUCCUAUGCCGGAAAACAUUCAACUGUAUGACCUUCUUCUGCAACCAUACCAGAACUUUCUGCUUUUGGGAGCCAACGUCCAGUAUGUUAAAAAUUGAAGCAGAAGAGGAUUGACAAAUAGACAUCACAACUGGAGAUGGAAAAGUUGUUUUCCCGCAGGCACAGCUUCAUUUCCACUGGAAAAUUAUUUCCAUAUUUAGGGAGUCAGAGUUGGGGUUCCCUCUGCCAUUGUCUAAUUCUCUCUGGUUCUGCCAUCUAGCAUGGGCCUGUUGAAGAUAAGUGUGUCACCUGGGAUCUUAGCCUAUAGAUUCCAAGCUCUGAUCCACUUUAGGACUGCCAUGCCUUUCUUUAUAUGAAUUAGUUUUUUCAAUGGGAGCCAUUGCUAUCUAGAUGCUCCAUGACUAUCAGCUUCUCCUGAAAUUCCCUAAGCAACUGUUAAUGUAUUUUGGCUUAGUCUUCUCUCUCCCUCUGACCUCAUGAAUUGUUCCUCUUUUCUUGUGGAUUUCCAAUAAAUCCCCCAUGACUCAAUUAAAGACUGAAUGACUAUGAA